GAGUCGAAUUGAAAGAGCAACGCAGGCCGGACGAGAACCGUGUGGUUUGAUCUAACUUCAAACGAGUUUUAAAAGCGCAGCUCGGGUUCGUAUCCUCUCUCUCUUUUUCUCUGUCUCUCUCUUUUGUGGGAGCGGCGCUCCUCCAACAUCUACAACGUCAGAUCCGCCCCUCGCCAUAUCCCGCAAUGCUCCCCACCUUCCGAUCCCGCUCCUUCUUCUCUGACCUCUUCCUCUUCUUCCUGUUCAUCACCCCAUCCAUUGCUUCAGAAUCAGAUCACAAGUAUCAAGAAGAUGAGCCUGUUAUGCUCUGGGUGAACAAGGUGGGACCUUAUAACAAUCCUCAGGAGACAUAUAAUUAUUACAGCCUUCCAUUUUGCCAACCAGCUGGUAAUCCUGCUCAUAAGUGGGGAGGUCUUGGUGAGGUUCUUGGUGGAAAUGAGCUCAUUGACAGUCAAAUAGAAAUAAAGUUUAAAAGAAAUGUUGACAAGCGCUCCAUUUGUGAGCUUGAGCUGGAUGAUGCGAAGGCAAAGCUGUUCAAGGAUGCAAUUGAGAACGCUUACUGGUUUGAAUUCUUUAUGGAUGAUUUACUUCUCCGGGGCUAUGUUGGUGAUAUUCGUUCUGACAAAGUCAAUGACAAUAAGCAUGUUCUUUUCACACAUAAAAAUAUUGUUGUCGAAUACAAUGGAGAUCAGAUUAUUCAUGUAAAUCUUACCCAAGAAAAUCCUAAAACUCUUGAGGCUGGGAAGUCAUUGGACCUUACUUAUUCUGUCAAAUGGAUUUCUACAAAUGUAACAUUUGCACGGAGGUUUGAUGUUUACUUGGACUACCCUUUCUUUGAGCACCAGAUCCAUUGGUUCUCCAUUUUCAAUUCCUUUAUGAUGGUUAUUUUCCUCACUGGGUUGGUGUCAAUGAUAUUGAUGCGAACUCUCAGAAAUGACUAUGCCAAAUAUGCUAGAGAAGAUGACGAUCUGGAGACUCUGGAAAGAGAUGUAAGUGAGGAGUCGGGCUGGAAACUUGUACACGGUGAUGUUUUCCGUCCCCCACGCAACUUGGUUAUACUAUCAGCAGUUGUUGGGACAGGUGCACAGCUAGCAAUGCUUGUUCUUCUGGUGAUCUUGCUGGCCAUAGUUGGAAUGCUGUACAUAGGACGCGGAGCAAUUGUGACAACUUUUAUUGUAUGUUACGCCCUCACUUCAUUCAUUUCGGGCCAUGUAAGUGGAGGACUCUAUUCACGCAAUGGAGGUAAAAAUUGGAUAAAGUCGAUGAUCCUUACUGCCUCACUUUUCCCAUUUAUGUGCUUUGGCAUCGGCUUCAUACUAAACACAAUUGCUAUAUUUUAUGGAUCUUUGGCUGCUAUCCCCUUUGGAACAAUGGUUGUUGUAUUCAUAAUCUGGGCCUUUAUUUCAUUCCCUCUCGCACUUCUUGGCACGGUGGUUGGAAGGAACUGGAGUGGAGCUCCUAACAACCCUUGUCGGGUCAAGACCAUUCCUCGCCCCAUUCCGGAGAAGAAGUGGUAUCUCACCCCAUCUGUUGUGUCACUGAUGGGUGGCCUCCUUCCUUUUGGCAGCAUAUUCAUCGAGAUGUAUUUUGUGUUUACAUCAUUCUGGAACUAUAAGGUUUACUAUGUCUAUGGUUUUAUGCUUCUCGUCUUCCUAAUUCUCAUAAUCGUCACGGUGUGUGUGACAAUUGUGGGAACAUACUUCUUGCUGAAUGCCGAGAACUACCACUGGCAAUGGACCUCAUUUUUCUCUGCUGCAUCAACAGCUGUCUAUGUAUACCUGUACUCCAUUUACUACUACUAUGUGAAGACCAAGAUGUCGGGGUUCUUUCAGACCGGUUUCUAUUUUGGCUACACUCUGAUGUUUUGCCUUGGUUUAGGCAUUCUAUGUGGUGCUGUUGGUUAUUUGGGCUCAACUCUUUUUGUUAGGAGGAUUUAUAGGAACAUCAAAUGUGACUAAGCCAAGGGGUUGUGGACGUUCCUCAACUAUGUGUUGAUGGGGUUCGUGGGGUGGCUGUUAUGAGUUAACAUAUGGUUGCAGACAGAAUCGAUGGUGUACCAGGGAUCACAGUGGAUAGGAUUCUGUCCCUGGCCUCAGUCUGGUGAAUGGGGGCUUCAGGGGCUUGCAAUUUUUGGCCUGUAAGCGAAUGCCAUUUACUUAUUGCUUUGCCAGUCUUAUAUGGAGAAAAUGGACUCUCCCCUGUUUCUUUAGGAUAGUAAUGGAUUGUGCGGGAUUUUUUUCUUGAUCCCUUGACAAAUGGCAGUAACGUAUUAUGAUUCUCUCUUAAAAACUUACCACUACUUGUUUUAUUUUUUUAUUUUUUUUUUCUUUCGGUAAUUUAUUGGGGAAGACCGGUUCCUACCUAUUUUUUCAAUUAGUUUUAAGAGUCA